AUGGAGUUGACUCCAGGGUCCCAACAGCAAAGCAUGAAUUGCCGAGAAUUGACUUUAGGAUGGGAAGGUAUGAAAUCAACAGUGUUGGCAUCAGAACCAGCUAGGAAGUUCCUAACAGGACCAAUGUUGACUAGUGUCAAAUUUUCAAAUUUGUCUCCAGAAUCACAGCAACAAGGUGUGAAAUCUUUGGGGUUUACUCCAGAGCCAAAGUCGCAAAGUAUAAAACAUGUGAAAUUGUCUUCAGUGUCUCUGCAGCAAACUAUAAAAUCUGUAGAGUUAACACCAGGGUCAUUGUUUCAAAGAGUGAAAUAUGGGGAGCAAAAUCCAAGAACAAAUUAUCAAAUCAUGGAAUCCUCUGAAAUAAUCCCUAGAUCAGGGCAACCGUUUGUAAAAUAUGCUGAGAUGAUCCCAAAGCCAAGACAUCAAGUCCCUGAAUCUGUGAAUUUGAUUUCAGUACCAAUUUAUCAAGCCACAGAAUCUACAGAAAUGACACAAGGGUUGGCAUAUAAAGACCCAGAAACUGUAGAGAAAUCUGUGGAGUUGACCCCAAAGCCACUGGGGGCAACCUCUGGCCACAUUUGUAAAGUUAUGGAAUCUUUAGGGUUGCCUCUGAAGCUAGAUCUUCAAGUCCCAAAAUUUGUUGAUCUGAUUCCAGUGCUAAAGGAUCAAGUCUCAAAAUCCUUAGACUUAACUCCAGAGAAAAGCUACCAAACCCCAGAAACCCUGGAAUUGCUCUCUCAGUCAUGGCCUCAAGUUAAGGAUUUGGGGCAGUUAUAUACAAGGCCACUGCAAAAAAUUGUGGAAUCUGAAGGGAUUACCCUGGAGCUCAAGCAUCGCAUUACAGAAGCUCUGGAGUUGACCUCUGAGGCAAUGCUGCAAGGGAAGGAAUUCCUUGGAAUGACCCCAAAAGCAGUAAGUCAAGCUGCUGGAUUUUCAGAGAGAUCUCCAAGGCACUAUCCCCAAGAUUUAGAAUCUAUGGAAGUGAUGUCUGAGAAAAGACUGCAAACGGAAGACUCUGUAGUAUUGAUUCCACAGUCAUUAUAUCAUAUCCCAGAUUCUACUUCAGGGAUGACACCACAGCUAGGACAUCAAGUUCCUAAAUCUGUGGAAUUAACUUCUAAGACGGGGCUACAAAUGGAGACACCUAUGGAAUUGACCCCAAAACCACAACAUCAUGUGAGAUCUUCAGGGAUAACACUAGGGUUAAGACACCAAGUCCUAGAAUCUGUAAGUUCAGUCUCUGAGCAAAUGGAGGACUCUUUAGAGUUAUCCCCAAAGCAAACAAGUCAAGUUGUGGGACAUGCAGAAUCAGCGGAGCCCACCUCUAAGACAUGGCAGCAAAAGGAGGUAUCGAUGGGGCUAACACAGUCAAAGAAUCAAAGUAUGAAAUAUUCAGAGACGGCACCAGGACCACUGGGUCAAAUUAUAGAAUUUAGGAGGAUUAGUCCAAAGCCACUAGAUCAAGUCACAGAAUCUGCAAGGACACAGCUUCAAGUUGCUCAUUCAGUAGGGGUAACCUCAGUAGAUCCCCCAAAAGUUGUUGAAUCUGUGAAAAUGACCCCUGGGUCGCCACUUCAAGUUGUGAAGUCUGUCACAACACCAGGACCAACCCCUCAAAUGGUAGAAUAUGUUGAAUUGACUCCACAACUGCAAGAUGUGAGACCUUCAGAGUUUACCUCAAGGCUACGAUUGCAAAAUGUAAAAUCUAAGAAAUUAAUCACAGAGCCAACACACCAGAUUUUGGAAACAAUGGAGUUGAAAGGGUUUCAAAUUGUAAAGACUAUAUUAAUCCCAUGGCCAUCCUUUCAAAUCAUAAAAUCUGAGGAAUUAGCACCAGGACCAAUUCCUCAGGUUGUAGAACCACUAGGAGUAGCCUUAGGAUCAGGAAUUGAAGUAAUGGAUUGUUUGGAUUUACUCCCAAGGCCACAUCUUCAAGAACUGGUGGAACCUGUAGAAUUAACUCCAAGGCCAAAUAUUCAAGUUAAAUUUGAAGAAUUAACCUCACAGCAAACAUCUUCAUUUGAGAAACCUACAGUAUUGACUCAUAAACAAGGGCUUCAGGCUGUGAAAUCUAUAGCCAUAAAAACAGAGCUUCCUAAAAUCAUGAAACCUGAGGAUUUGAAUCUAGGACAAGUGUUUCAGAAUAGCGAAUCUGAGGAGUUAACAUCAGAAGAGUUACAAGUAGGGACUAACUUCUCUAGGUUUCUACACAGCUCUUCAACCCCAUUCAUUUCAAGCUCUGUCAAAACAACAUCUGAAUCAGGGGACCUUUGGGAUUCUGGCAUGCCAGGAGUAUCAAGAGUUUGGAAUAGAAAAAACCUUGGGACAGAUAUUUUGCAGCCCAAAGACCCUAUUAUGAUACAGUCUUUAACUCUUCCCUUGGGCCUUCAUAAUCAACCCUCUGAUAAGAUAGCUAAUACUGUGGACACCCCAAAUCCUGAGAUCCCAGGAGUGGAUGUCAUAUCUAAGGAGAAGACUAAGAGGAAGCAGAUGGAGGAGCUAGAGAACUCACUCCAGAGUCAUCCACCACAAAGCUGGAGAUCACCACCCAGGACAUUCCAGGCAGACUCAGGGGCUCGAAGAGGCCUUAUCAGGUCUUUCCUGGGCAGACAACAGAAUGUCUGGGAGAGUCAUGCCUGGAGGCAGCGAUUGCCUAGAAAAUAUCUCUCCACUAUGCUAAUGCUGGGGAAUGUCUUGGGGACCACUAUGGAAAGGAAGCUUUGCUCUCAAACUUCUUUAUCAGAAAGAACUACUGUAUAUACCUGUCGAUCUAUUCAGCAUUUAUUUGGGGUUCCAGCUGAACUGAUGGAAUUUUCCCAGAGCCUGCUACAGAGAGGCCCAUAUACUAUUUCUCAGUCUUCAGUGAUUAAAAACUACAUUCAAAGACAUACUUUAUGUCAUGGUCAUGAGAAAAGAAUGGCCUUAAGGAUGUGGACACGUGGCUCCACUUCUUCCAUAAUACAGCAAUACUCUGGGACUAAAGUGGGAAUAAGGAAAACAAACUCAAUGGUCAGUGAUAUAUCUCAGAAAGUCAUUCAGCACAUGCCUAUCUCAUGUGCAGGGGGCCAGCUUCCUGCCCCAGUAAAGUCAGAGUCUUCCCUCAGGAUAUUUUACAACAGGGAAGAUCCUGUUCUAGUGGAAGAGUGUGAGAACUCACAGAGUGAUUCACAGACAAGGAUUUUUGAGUCCCAAUACUCCCUCAAGCCAAGUUAUCUUUCCCAGGCCAAGACUGACUUCUCAGAACAGUUCCAGUUGCUACAAGAUCUGCAGCUAAAAAUAGCAGCAAAACUCUUAAGGAGUCAAAUGCCCCCCAAUGUGCCUCCACCUUUAGCUUCAGGUCUGGUCCUAAAAUACCCCAUCUGCCUACAGUGUGGUCGAUGUUCAGGAUUUAAUUGCUGUCACAAAUUACAGGCCACUUUUGGGCCUUAUCUUCUUAUCUAUCCACAGCUCCACCUUGUAAGCACUCCUGAAGGCCAUGGCGAGAUUCGGUUGCAUCUUGGCUUUAGGUUACGAACUGGGAAAAGACCCCAAAUCACAAAGUAUCGUGGAAGAGAUAGACCCAUCAUACCAAGGAACCCUGUAUCACCAUCACGAAGGAAAGCUAAAACCUCUACUCAAGCUUUCAAGAGUCCUACUCCCACAAAAGAUUUUCAGUCUGGGUCUUCCUGGUCUCCUGCUCCUGUCCAAGUUCAUAUCAGGCAAGGGCAAUAUGCCAGCCCUGACUUAGUAGAAAAGACAGAAAUUAGAGAGCCUGGGCACUAUGAAUUCACUCAAGUUCACGCUGCACCAGAGAGUGACUCUGAAAGCAAUCAGAAUAAAAAAUGGGCUAAAGUGAGAACCAAAAAGACCUCUGAUUCAAAAUAUCCAAUGAAGAGAAUCACCAAGGCACUUAGAAAACAAAACACAAAAUUCUAUACAAACAGUAGAACCGCAAUAGAGAGUUCCUGUAGGGAAUUACCAUCUCAUUUAAGAAGGAAGAGGGUUGGAGCAUCUCAGACAAGUACUGCCUCUUUAAAAAGACAACCUAAAAAAUCCUCCCAACCCAAGUUCAUGCAACUGCUUUUUCAGGGCCUAAAGCAGGCAUUCCAAACGGCACACAGAGUUAUGGCUUUUGUUGGGCAGAAGCCUGAGGACAGGGCACGGCCAGACAAUUUGUCAAGCAAAAACUACUGUCCAAAACAAAAAGCCACGGACUAUUGCUCACCAGGAGAUAUCAAAAGAGACAGGAUGCCAGUUGCCAAGCUAAGGCCAACAGGCUCAACCACUAAGCAUGGGGACAUAUUGUGGGGAGGAACAGACCAAUGUAGAUCAGCUCAACAGCCAAAAAGAGAGAGCUCUUUCCAGCCCAGACCUCUCCAGUCGCCCAAGCCCACAGGUUCCCAAACUAGCUCAGGUGGGCAGCCUUUGGGUACAGUUCGAAAGGAUAGUAGCCGCAGAGCAAAGGAAAACUUUUACAGAAAUGAAAUCUCCAGCAAGAAGUCUAAGAACUUGUCCAAACCAGGAACCAGAGUUUGGCCCGGAGGGAGAAUCCUACCCAGUUCCCCUGUGAAGAGAACCAGGUGCAGUCACCGUAAAGAGAAACUCGCACAUGAGGGGCGAAACCACCACGGCUUGUAUUGGGAAAGACCCCCACGGAAUCCCUCCGAGAGGAGCCCUCGCAGUUCCUCUGAGAGAACCCUUCACAGUCCCUCUGAGAGGAAGCCCGCCCGCGGCUCCCGGGUCCCGCACCGCCACGGGGGAGGCGAGGGGGCGGGGUCUCAGAGGAAUCCAGGGUGGCUCGUCACGUGA